AUGAUUGACCCACGACCGAGUUGGACUUCAGAGGAAGGCUGCUUGGCUACCACAACCGACAGGAAGUACUACCGCCGAGGAAACGCCUUCAUCAAGCGUUGUCUCCGUACACGCGAGUUGCUGCAUGGACCACAAGGAAUCCACAUCCCUAGGCUACGGAAGGAGUCCCUCAAGAACGAAGCCGACACACUGCGUUUCCUGAACCGCCACACCGAUAUUCCGGUACCCCUCUUAUUCUGCGAUUUUGAGGACGAUGAUGCUUACUACGUCAUUACGGAGUACAUCGACGGCGUCAGCAUGGCUGAGCUGCCGGAACACCAAAAGGAGGUAGUCAUUGCCGAGCUGGAGGAGCACCUUGCCCGGCUCAAGACGCUCAAGUCCAAUCGCAUGGGCGGGCCAUCAGGAAUCGUGAUACCACCGUACAGGGUCCUGUGCGAGACGGAGAGGGAUGACUGGUCGCAACUCCGCCCGUCCGACCGCGCCGAGUACGUGUUUUGCCAUAACGACUGCUCACAGCACAACGUCAUUGUCAAUCCAAGAACGCUCAAAAUCGCGGCCAUCGUAGACUGGGAGUAUGCUGGGUUUUACCCGGAGCACUUCGAAUUUCCAUUCUACAAACGAAACGGGCCAUCGGUUGCGCUAGGCGAGGAAGAGGACGAUACGUACGCGCUGCUGGAUUUCCUCAACUCUCGGCUUGGGUGGGAGGGCCAAGGGCAGCAGUAUCCUUCUAUCUCACCACCGCACCCAACCUACCAUUAA